AUGACAGACCCUGACACUGCUAACUCAUACAAUGUACCUAAAAAUGGAUACUUUGGGCCAGUGUUUACCACGAGCGAGCUCGCUGCAGCACUACAGUUAAUUCGCAACCAAGUGCAAGAAUCUGCCAGCUCAUCUGAGACUGAAUACUAUGAGCCAGUAUUUGCUAUGAGCGAGCUUGCAUUAGCACUUCAAUUGAUUCACGACCAAGAUGUAAUGACAAAAGUCCAUGAUGGCUACUCGCUUGCCGAUGCACCCUUACCGUCACCUGGUUUGCAAGGCUGUCCUGCUUGCAUCUUCCGUACCCACCGUCAGACUUGUUAUGUCUGCCGUGCACAUAUAUCAGCAUGUCACGCAUCAUCCUCCACUGAGUCUAUGUCACUCGCCACAAACGCUACGGCAAACGACAACAUUGAAAUGGACACUGUUUUAACAUUGCAGCAAUGA